AUGGAGGCCAUACAUGAGGAUAACGAACAAGCACGCUUGCUUCCAGAGCUGGAGUCUACCAGAGGAUUCAGCCGGUAUGCGAAGCUCGAGCAUCUAUCAAAGUAUAUACCGGCCCUGGAGUAUAAAAAUAUACAUGCAAAGACGAUGAGAUCACGCAUGUCCAAGAGGAGUACGAUGCUCAGGAUCCAGAUGGCCAUCAGCAUCUCAGUGGUGGCCGUCUACUUCGCCGCCGGUCUCUGGGCUGUCCUGACAUACCCGCCAGACAGUCGAGGCGUAGGCACUUUCUAUUUCGGCAACUGUGCCAGCGUCAGCGUCACCAACAGCGGUUUGCACGUUGCCCUGAACAUUGUCUCGUCUCUCUUCCUCGGUGCUGGGAACUAUUGCAUGCAGAUCCUCGUCGCCCCGUCGCGGAGAGAGGUGGAUAAGGCGCACUGGAAGGGGAAGGCGAUGGACAUAGGCGUCCCGAGUGUGAAGAACCUACGACAUAUUGCGUCGGUCCGGGCUGUUGUGUGGAUUUUCAUCGGCAUGGUUGCUAUGAUGUUGCAUAUCCUAUGGAACUCGUCGAUAUUCUCAUCGUUACCCAUAGUAGCGAUUCCCCGUGCAGUAGUUACCAGUGACUUUCAAAUGACAAGUGACAACUGGACAGCCUCGGACCCGUUAUCACGGCUGGACUGGUGGAAACUGCCGCCGGGAUAUAGUCAGUCAUCCCUGAAUAUAUCCUCCAUUUAUUCACUGCAGCAAGAGGCAGUGAAUUAUACCCGGUUGGAUAACAAGGCUUGCUUGAAGCAGUACAUCGAUCCGAUGACGUCUACGAGCCCCCUUAUCGUGGUGGCUAGAAACAUUAGUACGACGCAGAACAACGACUCGUCCUUGAUCGAUGGCUGGGUGUCUUCCUGGGAAGGCUGGGAGAGCUCCCAGACUUGGAUAUGUCGAGCACACAGGGAAAAGGCCUGCACUUGGACAUAUGCUGAGACCUUUGCCGACAACUGGACAUUGUCCUGGCCUCGGGGGAUUCAGGUUGACCACUGCUUGAGUGGUGAACAGGGGGACAAUGAUGAGAGAUGCGGGCUUCACUACAGCGUACACAUCCUAGGAAUCGUGUCUCUCUGCACAGUGCUGGAGUGCAUGCUGAUAUGCUGGACUUGGUUUUACCAUUGCCAUAACCCGGCAAUCAUGCAGCAAAAGGAGAACAACCGGGCAAUAGUUACCAUGGGAGAUGCAAUCCACAGCUUCCUCGAAGAUCCUUCGACGGGAGAUGGCCCAGUGCCUCCUAAGCGAGGAACCGUCGAGGUCAAACUUGCAACAUGGCGAGUUAAAGCUCGUGUUCCCUGGAUUAUGGCUGUUGGGCCUCUAACCUGGGUGAUUUCAGUCGCAUUAUUUAUACUGGGCUUGCUACUGCCUUCACUGUCCGUUGGGUCCUCCAUCGCGUUUCUCAUUCGGUCCGGCGUCGAUGUGAGUAUUCCAACUCUUUGGAAACAAGGGUUCAAGGUGAAUUCGACGAUGGUAGCCCGCCACUUUGGCUCCCUGGCCAGUCUCAGUUCCAGCGGAGCCGAAGCGCUCCUAAGCAACAUCCUCCUCGUCAAUAGUCCCCAGGUCCUGGUCAGCUUUCUAUACAUCUUCUACAACAACAUCCUCACUCGCCAGCUGGUGGCUGAUGAGUGGGUGCGGUUCCUGCGUGAAGAUGGCAAGAAGCCACUGCGAGUGUCUUCACCCGUCGGCCUGCAGCGGUCAACACAUUCACUCUCAUUACCACUCAAGUACUCGAUACCGCUCAUGAGCAUGUCGAUCCUCCUACACUGGCUCAUAUCCCAGAGCCUCUUCCUCGUCCAGUCCAGUACAUUCGGGCCUGGUCCCAAGGGCGGCCGUCUCCCAGGCUUUGAUUAUCCUGCCCGAGGGUAUUCUCUCCUCGGGAGCAUCCUUGCCCUCACACUUGGGCUACUUAUGGUGAUAGCUAUCCUGCUAAACUCCUUUGUCAGGGCUUAUACAGAUAUCCCUGCUGGCUUUCAACUCAUGGGCCAUAAUAGCACUGCCAUCAAGGCGAUCUGCCAGCGGCCGGAAAAGGAUUCACAGGCGGCCUUUUUUCCUGUUAGAAUUGGUGUCGUCCAAAGCGAUACAGACGAACAUUUGAACAAGGUGGUAUUUUCAACCGAUACCGAGAUUCAAACUCCUAAACAGGGAGAGCAGUAUCUGCAGCCUGUCUUUGUCCGAGAGGCCUCAUCAACAUUUCACCCCGCAGAAGAGCAUCAACAACGCGGCGAGACAGAAGUACAUCUACUCCCAAGAAGACCACUAGAAGAAAUAUUGAAGAUGGCCUCGGACUCGGGUGUCUCGGUGCUGUUCGUCUGUCUCGGAAACAUCUGCCGCUCGCCCAUGGCCGAAGCCGUGUUCAGACACAUCACAAGCAGCAACAGCUCGUCUAUAACGUUCUCUACGCUCGACUCUGCUGGAACCUGCGCCGCACAUCUCGGUGACGCUCCCGAUCCGCGGACGAUGUCGACGCUGAAGAAACAUGGAAUCACGAGCUUCACGCAUGCGGCUCGCAGAGUGAAGAGUUCAGACUUUACAGACUUUGACUACAUAAUCGCAAUGGACAGAGAGAACCUGGACUCGUUACUGCAUUCUCAAAGCCGCGUAAAGGGUGAGAAGCUUGCAGAGGUGAGGAUGUUUGGCGACUUUGACGGAGAUGUCGAUGGCAAGGGCGAGAGUGAAGAAGUGCCUGACCCGUAUUACGGAGGUAGAGACGGGUUCGACCAUGUGUACGAGAUGGUGACCAGGCUGUCGAGCGGGUUUAUGGCGUAUUUGGAGAAGAAGCAUGGGCAUGGUACAAACUAG